AUGUUUUUGGUUGAACCGGGUCCCCGAGGCAUCCCAUGUACUGGUCUUUUGCCUGGAGACCGCCUGCUUGCUGUGGAUGGUAUCGACAUCAGUGUAUCAUCCAAAACGGAAGUGGUGGAUUUAGUCCGAAGGGCAAUCGGCUCCGUCCGUCUCACGGUUCAGCCAGCUCCUGAGCUGCUAGAGUUCUCGCGGCGUCUUCUUCCAGAGUUUGUAACUGCAGCUGACGAAUUAGUGGUUCAGGGAAUCUCUCUACCCACAACGAUCACCACUUCAAUCAUGGGUAGGCUAAAUAAUUUAUCUGCUUUGGCAUCUAGGUUAUGA